GGUUGUGUUGGCAACGGAAAACUGUGCGCACAGUCAGUCUCCCCUUCGCGACAGGUUGGCCACCCUGAUGCCAACGAGAUCCUCACUUUAAGAUCAGUUAUGGACCAGCAUCUGUGAGACUGUGCGCAUUUUCACCUUCCGAUAACUCGUUAUCAGUGCUUUCUCGAUUUCCAGCGGCCGUUUCAAAACAAUAUUUUUCUCAACAAUGAUCGAUUGACUCAAUUCAAAAUGUGUUGAAAGAGUGUCUACGUAGUUCGGGAAGACUUCUAGUGUUCGGUGCUAUUUUUUCACAAGUAUUUUAAGUUUCCCUCAACUCAUCAAUUACCGAAGCGGAAACUUUCGUCUGCAUUCUCUGAACAGGAAGCAAUCUACAAGACGACAUCACAAUGGAAUCACAAGUUGGAAUAAGACCUGCUCUUCACCCAGUGCCAGCGAAUCGAGCCCACUCCGUGCCUGUUGGCGCUCACCAUCAUGCUCUCAAUCAUGUCUCAAUACAGGCGGACCUGUGCGUUCCCGAUCCGACGUCGUACGAGUCAGAGGACGAGAUAAUGGGCAGACGCAAGCAGCUGGCAAGUCGGGGCCAGUCGAAGGGGGGCCAGCGCGGGGGCACGCCCCUCUACAGCAAGGAGGACAUUCGCGAGCAGUACUGCAUCAACGAGAAGCAGCUGCAUGGCCUGGAUGACGUCCACGACACGGGCGGCCUGUUCGGCUGUCUGUCCAACUACCACGACUCAUCAUGUAGCUCUAGAAGUCCGAGCCUGCUGACAGUUUGCGUGCGACAGAAAGUUCCGUCGGAUGAGAACCUGCACGACCUGUACAGGCGGCCAAUGCACGAGUACGCCCCUCUCCCCCGCUGGCCCCGCUACUUCCCCCAGGAUGACUCCAUGUACUUCCGUCGACGUCCCAAGUCUCUAUGCAACGAUCCCUAUAAUUACAACUGGUUUCCAGAAGACGAAGAAAAUAUGCGAAUGAUGCCACAUUUGCAGGAGCACGCACGGCCCUUGCAGCAUGACGGCUUCGACAUGAUGUGCAACAGUUACCCACGUCGCGGACCUCACCUCAUGAGCUACAGCACCGAAUACCUGGUUGGCCGUCACGACCCCUGCCCCGCGCACCCCUACCUGCCGCCUCCACCGCCGCCCCCUGCUUUGCCUGUCACGCCCCACAGACAAAAACACGUGAGCUUUGCUCGUUCGCACACUUUGACUUCUUUUGAUGACGCUGCAAUAAGCAUAGGCAGAUCAUCGGCCGCUGCCAGUCAAGAACGCCUCAUAGACGGAAAGAAAUCCACCGAAACUCGAGAGCAGCCUCCCAAAGUUGUUGUUAUGGAAAAAGUGAAAAGAGCGCCAAUGAAAACUCAAGCGACCCAGACUGAAGUUUGCCUAGGGAGGAAGCCACUGCCGCCAUCAUAUCUCUCCCUCAGUCCAAGAACUGUUCAAAGGGUCCGCAUGGUCUCACAAGGUGCACAAACGAAUGGCGAGAAAAAUAACUCCAGAAAACUAAUGAAAAGCUUCUCGGAAGUUGGAGGCCAGUUUGGCAGCACAGCCACUAACAAUGCUGAUCCACAUGAGCCCCUCCAACGAACACAGUCGGAAGAGCCUCCCAGAUCGCCGUUCAUCGCUGUUAGUCCACAAGAAAUUCUGAUAGACUUCGAGCCGCUGGAGAGGAGAGGCCGGAAACGAGUGCUGGCCAAGACGGUGUCGGAUGGUGAGAUCCUGGAGGGGAGGGCGAGCCCAGUGGAGGGGGAAGGCACCCAGUCUGACUGCGAGCAGUGCCACCAUCAUCUGCCCAUCGACGAGCCACUCGAGAAGCGGUCGGCCACCGUGUAUGUUGAGCAGCAUCACAGUGUUAAAAGCCCCGUCAAAACUCUUAUAACGGCAGAUUCUCAAGAAGAAGAAUUCCAUGAAAAUUUGGUAUAUGGACCAGGGCUGUUCAGAAAACGAAGUGUUUCGUUGGAGGAAACAGAAGAUGCAGUGGGGAGUACGGCAGGAACCGAGCUGAAGGUCACUCCAUCCACCACGGCUCAAUCCCUGUUUGCAUCCAGUGACUCCCUCAACACCAGAGACCACAGUGACAGCAUUUGGAAUGAAUCUCAGGCUACCGUUCUGCAUGCCGAUUCAGAUAAUAACGGUGGUGGAACAGGUGUAAGUUGUUCAGACCUUAGUUCGUCACUGGCCCCCAGUGCUGCUGUUAUGUCCAUGACUCCCACAACGCGACGAAAGCACCUUCUCAUGCAGCAGCACAACCAGAGGUCUUCCAUGGAUACUGAGGCUCUUGAUACCGAGGACCUAGAGUCUGAACAACCUCCCAUAUCACCCAGGAUUAGGGUGGAAGCUCCGUCCAUUGUGCCUACAGUUGCAGUGUCAACACCAACCAUUGAGAGACCAGCAGACUGUACUAAACACAAAAGUGCUUUAAAUCUUAGUGAAAGCCAAAGGAAGGACCAUUCUCUAUCUCCAAGCCACCGUGGAAGAAGGAAAAGCCCAGGUAGCCGAACUCCAGAGUCAGAAAGUCAGUUGGUACCACUGCUUGACAGAAGUGGCUCAAAUGAGCUCCUGGUUAGAACAGAUUCAGGAAGAACGAAUAUCACGGAUAUGUCUGAAACAUCAACCACAACGGAAGACUACGCUACUGCAACUGAGAACAACUCAGGAACUGACACCAGUUCCCGGCAACUGCCAAGAGUCGACUCUGGGCCGCAAGCCAGUGCCCCGACCACGGCGCAACCCUCCACCGGUGGUAGUUCCUUCGAGAGCGGAUCUUCUCUUUAUAGUUUUGCCAGGGCCGAUGCUACUGAAGACAUACAACAAGUGCCUUGUUCACCCCCUCCUAUUGAAGAAGAAAAAGAAAGAGUUCCCGAAGAGGUUGAAGAGAAAAAGCACAAGGAUGGCGACUCAGUUAGCGGCGAAAGCAGCAGCUGCGGCAGUUACAGUGUAGAUGGAAGCAGCGGCGAGAAGCAGGGCGGCGCAUCAGAGCACAGUGGACGCUGCUCGACUCCCGGUGACUAUGAGUCACCCACUGAAGACCAGCAAACCUCUUCCAAAAAUAGGAAAUGGUCAGACGAAGAAAUAGUGAAAGCCAAGAAAGGGUUCAAAUUGGAAUUGUCACCACACCGAGAAGCAGCUGCUCCGAUGCCUACUGUUACCAGUCCUCAAGCUAGAAGUACUUGGCCUAGAAAAUCUCCAACAGCAAAAGAUGAAGAAGCUGUAACUCCUAGAAGAAGUAAACCUCGAUGUAAAAGUCCAGUUCAACCUCAAGGGAAGAGAACACCCAGCAAUCAGAUACUUGAUGAUACUGAAACAACUGCUGGGCCUGGAAUAUGCCAGGUCAAAAUUAUCACCCCGACAAUGGUUCGGAGUCCAGCUAUGCAUGAUGGAUUCAUUGUUUGUGAAGAUUGGUCUACAACUCAAGAAAAUUCUGAUGAAAACAAGAUUGUGCAUGUGAGCAAUGGCGUCGAUGAGGGGUCGUCAGAGGAAUCCAACGAUGAAUGCGUGUGUGGAAAAUCGAGGAGACCUCGUGAGAGCCCUAGAAGAAAAACUGGAGGGGGCAGGAGCCCAACUUCACAUGCAAGAACAUCAGCAGCAGCUACAUCUCGUAGACGAAGCAACAGUGGCGAGGAGAAUUGCAGAAGGCGGUACUCGGUGGCAGCGAAAUCGCCCAGCCCAGUGUCGCACUCACAUGCAGAGGAGGCCUCCUGCCACUCAGGCCACGUCUGCUUCCAUGGCGACGUCGUCAAGAGUCCGGACCACAGCACUCUGCAUGUCUGCGUGCACGAUAGAACCAAGAGCCCCGGAGGAAGUCCUGGCCAUCAUAUAGGCAAAUCAAAGGGUGCUGUGAGCCCCGAAUCAGCACGUCUGAAAGCGCUGAGUGCCGAAUCGCUGCGAUCGGUGAGCCCCGGCAGCGACUCUGUGUUCUACAGCGAGCACAGCAGCAACACCUACACGCUCACUGAGCAGCACUCUCACUCUCACUCUCACUCACUCUGUCACCACUGCGGCCGGCACGUCGAGUGCACCGCUUCACAGCCGACUACCGCACAGACGACAGCCGUGGUGGAGCGCACAGCGACCGGGGACAUCGUGCAGCCUCCGGCCGGAUUCGCAGACUCGCCCCGGGCGCCACAUCGCGCCGCGCGCAUCUACAAGAAAGCCGACAAACGCUUCCGCUCCGAAGAGCGCAGGCAUCAUGCCAGGAUGCACGCCGAAGCCGUCAGGGCCAAAUCCGAGGAACGGGGCAAAGAUGAACAGAAAGAGAAACCCAGUACUAGACCAAUCACAAGAUCGACAGAUGCGAGCAUGGAGAAGCUGCGUUGCAGCCCGAGCAGCCUUGGUUCAGACGAGGAUGACUGCACCGGCUUCUACACGAAGCCAUUCCACUGCGGCAUCUGGGUCUACAUUGGAAGCACCGAAGAAUUACACGCUUGGCAACUGUUCGACGACAAAGAUCCAAACAAAGGCGAAGAUAGGCGACCAUCGGUUGAAUCGACUCACUCUGAGCAGGAAUUCCGUAGAAGAUACCAAGCUAUAACACACAGGAUGGUGCAUCGCAAGUCCAGCCUUGAAAUGUAUAGAAGAAUAGCAUCGAAAUCGUUUGCGGACAGUGUAGCACCGCUUCGCUGCCAACUGCAAGAGGUAUUGAGGCAAAUGUGCAUGCUAUGGUGUCGCCAGAACUCUCUCGACUCUGUCAUCAACAAAAAGUUCCCAGAGAGUGAUAAGAGAAUCAUGGUUCGAAGGGUGUCGGGCGAGUUUGGGUUCAGAAUACAUGGAUCUCGGCCAGUGGUGGUCUCGGCUAUUGAACCUGCCACUCCGGCCGAAUCGUCAGGUCUCGAAGUUGGCGACAUUGUCAUCAGUGUCAAUAACAUCAAUGUCCUCGAAGCCAGUCACUCAGAAGUUGUCAAACUAGCCCAUGCAGGCUCAGAUACUUUGGAGCUAGAAGUUGCUAGAACAUGUAACGUGUUCGAGCCAGAACCAGUGCUGCAGAAGCCAGCGAAGUCGGGAUUUUUGUUGAAGCUGUCAGCCGGGUGCAAGAUGCGAGCUGUGUGGGUGCCGCGCUAUUUUGUGCUCAAGCAUGACAACUGCGUCUACUACUACAAGACUGAAAAAGAAAGUCAACCACUGGGUGCUCUUCAUUUGGCUGACUACAUAGUCACGCUGACACCAGACUCAGGUCAGCCGUACAGUUUCAGACUGAGCAAGAAAGGAUCAUCGGCACUUCACUUGGCAGCUGACUCUGCGAAGGAGGCCGAGGAUUGGGUCGCUCUUCUAGGCGACGCGGCUGCUCAAAAGAAUGAAGAAAUAGUGGAUGAAGAGUACCUGAAGUCGCCUGCCACGAAAAUCCCUCAGCCUGACUGCGUUGGCACACUCUGCACCCUGACUCAUCAUCAUGGCAAAACGUGGAAACGCCGAUUCUGCGUUCUCAAAGACGCCUGUCUCUAUUUCUACAGCGACAUCAAUGCUGAUGCACCGUUAGGUAUGACAUGUAUCCAUGGCUAUAAAGUUCAAAGCUCAGCGUCUGGUGCUAAGCGGUUUGCAUUUGAGUUGAAUCCUCCUGAACCGUUCCUCCGUCACUUCUACUUCUAUGCUGAAACUGAAAUGGAUAAGAAAAGAUGGUUGGCUGCUUUGGAAUACUCGAUCGAUAGAUGGAUCAAAGUUGGUUGAAUAUCACAAAGACGCUGCAAUUGAUGUCUAUAGUAAAACUUGCACUCAAAUCUCAUUAUUUGUGUCUGCCCAAUUGAAUAGAAUUCAUGUGAAAGGAGUGGAACAUAAUCGAUUAUUAUCUCAUAGAACUUAUUAUCUAUAGUACAUAGAGAAUGAAUAUUUUCUUAGAUGUUCCUAAAUAUUGCCGAUAGUUAUUUGUAUGUAAUAUGUGUAUGAAUAUAUAUAGUAUUGUGAAACUAUGUUUUAAAAUUGUGUAUCACGUGAUAGUCGAGUUCCAUUGUACAAUUAUCCAUUAGAGAUAUGAAUGUGCCUAAUUUGUAUUUUAGGAAAAAUCUUUCAUAAUUUUUUAUAGCGUGAGAUGCAGACGUUCAGUGAAAUUUUGACUUGAAAAUAUUGAGCUCAAUCAUUCACGCUUUUCUUUCAAUUUUGGUAUUCUUAUGACAUUUCAAUUCUAGUAUUCUUACACCAUUCAAAAAUCAGAAAUCUGUCAAUUUUCUAUUUAUCAAGGAAAACGUCGAUUAACAAUUAAUUGGGCAAAUGAAGAAACAGUAUUUCUUCACUUGAAAACAAGUCUAGUUCUCUUUUUUUAGAAAUCAAACUUUUGACUAAUUCACCUUCCUAAUUUUCUCGAUCAUGAUUGAGUCUCAUACAAAGUAAAAUUUAUUAUGCGUCAUAUAAGGUAUUAGAAAUUCACCUUGGGAUCGGGAUCGAGUGACUCGCUUUUUUUCUUUUCAAUAAGGUAUGAUACUCAUUCAUCAAUUGAAUUGAAAUCCAACUAUUCUUCAUAGGCCUAUCUUAGCAUCCAUGGAAGCAAGCAAGUUCAUCGCAAUUCUCUACAAUUCAUUGUUGAUGUAACUUUUCUCUUUUGUAUGUCCAGUGAAGAGUUAAUGUAGCUUUUAUUUGAUUGAGCUUUAUUCUUUAAUAUUGAAUAGAUUAUUGUUUAAACAAAUUUAAUUUAAAAGAAAUACUUUCUUCUUCUUCACAAGAUGUAUUUUAGUCGUUGACAGUUUUAUAGUUAUUGAAAUCUUUUGCAAUCUCUAAGAACAUGUUUGAUGGCUUAUUCAAUUUUGGAGUAAUAAUUAUUGUAAUAUUGUGAUAAUGCUUUAAGUCGCGAAAACUGAAUUGUCAGUUUAAAAUUGAACGGCCUACUACUACAUUAUGUAACGUGAAUCAAGCGAAAUAGAUCAUUUGAAGCCAAAGAGCUAUUCAGCUUCUGUUCAUCCAAUGCUUGAAGCCGACAAAUUCAUAAAAAUCUGAAUUACAGGCGAUACAUGGAAUUGCAACACGACUCAACUACCAAUUAAAUAAUCAAUGAUCCAUUAUGAAAAUCGACUAUCAACUAACUAAAAUAUCGUCACCUUAGUAUAAUUUCAAUUGAAUUUUGCUUUCAAAUACUAUUCAUAUUGAUCAAAUACAAAAUACAAGGUGAAUACAGUCAGCAUUGCAAUGUAUUUAUCUAAUGUACCGGUACACACAAUGUGAUAAUUCAGGCAUUGGAUUCUACGGAAGAUCAAUAGCUCUUCUGCUUGGUUUUUAAUAAUAUUGUAUUUUUACAAUUAUAUAAUGGAAUAUAUAAUAAUCUUAUCGGGCCUCUGAAAGUUGCCCUACAAGUGUAAAAUAUGAAAAUAAUAUUUAUAGUUUAUAAGCUUUGUUUUCAAUUAUUGUGUAAAGUAUGAAUAUCCAUACAGUACUGAAUUUUAUUUUCAUUUUGACUGGAAGAUCACAGUAAGUGAAACACCAAUGUUGAUCAAUGGCUUAGAAAUAAUUAAUCCUAUUAUUCAGUUAGCAUUUAAAAAUAUCCUGUAUGUGAUCAUUAUCGUAUCUCAUAGAUUAAAGAAUCAUCAUUGUUCAUGUUACUUUCAACUUUGUUGUGAAUUUGCUCUACACAUGAUGUUAAAUGAAAAUACUUGAAUUUUGUUAUCAAUGUACGCAAUUGGACAAUUUCACUAAUGCACUUGUAACAUUUAUUUAUUGCAAGCAUAGCUGAUCCAAUGCAUAAGAGAAUGUGAAAUUUGAGUUUCAUUUCAAAGCUCACUAGGAUUUUUAAACAACAGUUUUAUCUUACUAUGCAUCCUUUGUAGAAAUAACUGUACUGUCAUCAUUUCAAAUUUCCAAUGCCUAAGUCUUGGCAUUAUUCGGAUUCAACGAUUGAAAUUAUUUUUUGCUAUUCACUUCAUGUGCCAAAUAAUACACUGCAUCCAAUAAUCAAUAUAACUAUCAUCUAUUUCCUAUGUAAUAUUAUAUAUAUUUAUUAAAAUCUUCCUAUUAAGAUGGUGCCCAGAUAAUAUUAUGACAAGUACCAAAAUUUGAAACAACCUUGUGAGUUCAUAUAUAAUAUCAUAAUUAGAAUAUUUCAUAUUUAGAGUAUUCAUUGAAAUAAAUUAUUGGCUACUCAUUUCAUGAACUGUCAUUGUAAUUGUACAGAUGUUGACCACCCACUCAAUCCUUGAAUAAUUACUGUACAAUUAUAAGAGGAUUAGUGCACUAUUCUAUUAGUAGUAUGUACCUAUUCCCAUAUAUAAUGUACAUUUCAUCGGAAAACAAUUAUUAUGUCUAGUUAAAAUGUUUAUGUGUUCAUAGUUCUUAGCCUAACAGCAUGUCGAAUAGGUUUAGGAUAGAAAUGUAAAUUUAAAUCUUAUUAAUCAUAUCACAUUACCAACGAAAACAUCAAUUAAACCUGUGUAAAAAAUCAGCCCAAUAAUAUUGUUACUAGAAUAUCUCAGUUGUUCAACUGCUGGGCGUAGUCCUAAUAUUAAUUUUUACAUCAAAAUUAGCUACUAAUAUAUUUGUACGUUUUAUUUAUCGCACAAUAUGUCAUCAUUAUCGAACUUAUUGAUUUAACAGCAUUAAUAAAAUUUGUUAAUGUAAUCUUAAUAUUCUUCUUGAAUUGUGUUUUUUCGAUAAUUCAAAAUAUGAAAUACGGAUAGACUACUGUGACGAAAUCAUUUCCCAUCAUAAUACACGUUUUGAUGCAAUUGUAGUAUAUAGAUUUGAAGUACGGUACGUUUUCCAUUAUUUGAAUGACUGUGGUGUUAUUGAAUAUGUUUAAAAUCAUACCAUGUUCACAGUAUAUACAUUUGACAUUCUCCUAAUAUGAUUAUAAUAUGUUGUGAAUUGUAAUAUAAUUCCAAUUCGAUAAUCUGAAUUAUCUGGACAAGCGCACACUGAAUAACACAGCAUUUGAACUGUUGGAAUUUUCAAUAAUAUUUCAUAUUAGCAUUUCAUUGACGUCAUUAAAGACCAAAAAUAUAUUGGAACCUAGAAAGCACUUUAUAAAAGACUGCUUGUUAUUUUCCCCUAAAUUUAAACCCAGAUAUUCCUAUUUUAACCAUAAUAUUGACUUGACUGUAACAUAUCAAUUGAACAAUACAACACUGUAAUGAUUCAAGUAUCAAAGUCAAUGAAUGGGCAUCAAUGUAAUAAAUUUAUUUAUUUAUUGAUACAUAAAACGCAUUGUAACUUAUUGAAAAUAUGUCGUUAUAUUGAGUUGCAGUAAGUAUAAUACAUCGAAACAUAUUGUAAUACAGUACUAAUAUUUCAGAGUGAUUAUGUUCAUAUGUAAUUUCAACAUUAUUAUCUCUUGUUAUAAAAAUAGCUAUGUGAUUUGAAGUAUAGGAGAAUUUUCAAGUGAAUGACCAAGAUGAUUCAAAUUCUCCCACAUAACUGGGCGUUUAGUAGUGAGGAAAUAAUAAUGCUAUUAUUAUUUGUUUCGUAGUGCUAUAAUAAUUUCUAUGUUGAAAGUUUAACGAAAACAUUGUUUGUUAUGCUUCACUCCAUGGUUUCCAAUGUUAAGUACUUGUCAAAGAGAGUUAACAAUACUCUAGACUGUAUAUAAAAGUUCUUUCAGAGAAGGGCUGAUAUUAAAAAUAAGGCACUAAUAGUUUUUAUGUCUACAAUUAAUUUAUGUAGCAUAAAACAUGAUUGUAAAUAAGAAGUAAUUUGUAAGCCCUUGAAUAAGUCAAGUCACAUUGUCUUAUUCCCCCUCGUACACAACCAAAGUAGAAAAUGUCAAUCAUGUUAUCGAUUUUAAAAAUAUAUGUUAUUUUAAGCAUAUUAAUCAUUUUAUAAAUGUGAGACUUGGCUGUGAAAAUGUUCACAGCAGCAUAAAAUGCUUUGUGACUUUUUCCAGCAUUGAACUGCACUCAAUUGUUCCAUAACAGUCAUUGGUUGUUGAGCUUACCAAAUUUUUAUGCAAUUCGAAACAUUUGUAUUAUAAGCAUUAUCAAAAAUAUAUGUUCACUCUAGUUUUAAGAUGAUGGUUCUUAUCAUUACAGUAGCAACAAUCAUUAACAAAUUCUCGAUGUUUAAUCCGGUGUUCAAAUUGACUAGGUGUUUGUAAAUACAUAACUUCUAGGAUAUUAGCUGUUGACUAUUUUAGUGAUAUGAAUGUCCUCAUUGCAGUCACUUUACAGAUAUCAAUGUGCCAUUAGAUUAAAUCCGUUCAAUGUGAAUAUUGUAAAACAAAUGGAUUUGUGUAAAAAUACUCAAAAAUUUGAUAUUUUUUGUAAUAAAAGUAAAAUUAUAAAAUACCGAAAACUAUAAACUAAACGGGAGUUGUUGACUAGUACAAAUGAUAUAUUGGGAUUGUUGGUUUUUAAUUGAUUUUAUUAUAAAUAUUUUAGUAAUUUAUAUACAGUUGAUACAUCAGUGAACCAUUAUUUAUAUUGAGGUUAUUUAAUUAUAAAGUCUAUUAUCUGAUUUUUAUAAUAUUAAUAUUGCAUACCAUUUUGAAUAUCAGUUUGUCAUAUUAAACUAAAAUACACUUGUAUCAAUUCAACAGGCAGUUGAAUUUUGCAUAAAAAUGGUUUUUGAUAAUAGUUAUUCUAUUAAUGAUUAGUUUAUCUAUCCAAAAAUUAAUUCAAUAAACCGUUUGAAGUUAAAUGUUUGUGAAAAAUAUUAAACUCAUGAAAUUUCCUUUUUUUGUCGAGAAAUUUUGAGUCAUGUGCUAUACAGUACAAUGAUUAUGAACUGUUACAUGCUAUUGUUGGUACUUAUAGUACUACUGUACUUCUAAUUUCUCCCAUAUAAGUCAUUUUUUUCUAUUUUCAUCACUCAAAAAAAUAAAUUAAAUUAUAAAAGAUGUACUUUUUAGUACAAGAUAAACGUUUUGUAAUUCUCAAUUUGGGCAUAAGAGGUGAAAGAACAGUGAAGAGGUAAUGAUAAAAAUACAAUAAUAAAAUAUAGCACAAUUUAAACAAAGUACUGCCAAUAAAUGUGUCUAACUAGUUGAGAAAUUAGUUACAUAAUAACUUUUAGUUUAUGUAAAAAAUAUUGUAAUCGAUUACCAUAACUGUUGAAGAAUGGGAUCAUGAAAAGAUGUAUUUAUCAAUAAAUUCUGAAUGCUCAAAUUGA